AUGACGGUGGCCGGCCAGAAGACACAGGCUCUAGUCCUGUCCCAGUGGCCCCGUGAUGCGGCUAACUGCUCCGUGAAGGUGGCAGGGGAAACCGUAACUGCGGGCGAUCAGCUGAAGCUGCUGGGAGUCACCCUGGACCGGCUACUUCACUUCGGCCCCCACUGCCGCAGCCUGAGACAGAGAGUCCGCCCAAGGACUGCCCAUCUGAAGAAGCUGACCGGUCGGGAAUGGGACCUUCAAGAGCAGCAGCUUCGCGUCGUGGCCUCCGGCUACGUUCGAGGAGCCCUAGAACACGCCGCAGCAGCGUGGCUCCCGGCAACAUCGCCAACCCACCUCGGUCUCCUAGAGGUGGAGAUGCGCGCGGCCGCCAGAGUGGUGACCGGAUGCCCCCGGUCCACCCCGGCACAUGGCCUGAUGGCGGAGGCGGGACUCGCCCCGGUGGCUGAGCGCCGCACGGCCUUAGCGGCGCGUCUGCUGGCCAAGGCGCGCGCCCUGCCGGAGGACGACCCGCUCCGUACCGUCGCGGACCGAGAGGUUCGAUCCCGCCUCAGCACAGUGUCCGGCUGGCGUGGAGUCGGCGAGGAGGCCUGGAGGGAGGCGGGCAUCACACCGCCGAUCUCGAUCGAGCCUCUACUCCCCCGACCAGCCGCGCCAUGGGAGCCGCCCCCACCAGUCAGCUUCUGCCUCGACGUCGGUGCUGCACUACCACCGUCAGCAACCGACGAACAACGAAGAGACGCCGCGUCACACCACCUUGCGGGUCUCCCACAAUGUGCCACGUGGGUCUGGACAGAAGGUUCCGCCACGGAGGGGGUCACAAACGGAGGCGCCGGCGCCCUCAUCGUGUGGCCGGACGACGAGACGGCGGAGAUCCGCACACCGGCCGGCCGCAUCUGCUCCAGCUACCGGGCCGAGAUGGUCGCCCUGCGGGCGGCUCUCAACCACCUGCUGGAACACCCCGCGCAUACGGAAGACCCCGUCGUCAUAUGCACGGACUCCCAGUCCGCACUAGCGGCGCUCCGAGAGGGGCCAGCGGCCCAGAGCUCCCCGCUCGGCUCCGAGAUAUGGGACGCCCUACGCCGGCUGACGACGGGUGGCCGCAGAAUCCACCUCCAGUGGGUGCCAUCCCACUGCGGCCUCGGCGGCAACGAGGAAGCCGAUCGACUCGCGGGAGAGGCCGGCGCCCUCGACCAGGAGGACACCAUGGUGGACGUCCGCACCAUCCACCGCGCCGCAGCCAGGUCAGCGCGCGCCCGUACUGCCCAGGCCUGGCCGGCCGGGUGGUACAGAGACCUGAUGGGCGGCCGACUCCCACCACCAGUAUCGGGUGAGGACCGGUCGACCGCGGUGGAUAUCCACCAACUGAGAGCAGGCCACUGGUCCAGCUCCAACCAGUGGCGUCACAGAGUCGGGCUGGCGCCCUCCCGGCAGUGCGAGCAGUGUUCGGACCACAGCUGCCCUGCGGCCCGCUGCUUAGUAUGCCGGGAGGAGGCAGACACCCCAAGGCACGUCCUGCUGCGCUGCCCGGCUCUAAUCACUACAAGAUUCAGACUGCUGGGAUCCAUACACCCCAGAGAGGAGGACGUCCGGAACAGCGACAUCAUGGCGGCCAUAGUGACCGCGUACAGGUCGCUCCUGAGCCGGACGGCUACGUCCCGCUAA